AUGAGGGCCGCGAUCCUCCUGGCAUGUCUGUGCUGCCUGUGUGCGGUGGCGCUGGGCGGCCUGCACAAUCCACCCCAUCCUAUGGAUCGCUUUCUAUACGAGUCUUUCGCCGUGGUGAUCGACCCCAAGGUCACACUGACGCUCAACAGCACGGUGCAGACCACCAGCAGCCAGAACUUCAAGCUCACCAUCACCGGCGGCCCGGGCAAGGCCACAGAUGUUGUGGCUCUGUACGCACCAGCCAAUGCAGACCCGGCCACAGUGCUGUUCGUCAAGUACAUCCUUGGCUCCCAGAUCCCAGGCUACAUUGGCACUGGAGCGGGCACAUACACGUUCACACUGCUGAACUUGCGAGCGGACUCCAAGUUUUCGCUCAUCACCGGUGGACUGGGCUCCAACCUGCAGGCGCCAAACUUCACUAUCGUAGCGCAGAGCCCCGUCAUCACCAACAAGAAUGUCAAUGAGCCCACCCAGGGACACCUGGCGGCGACGCGCGACCCGGGAACUAUGCUGAUCUCCUGGACAACCAAGAACUCCGCAGCGCCUACAAGCGUGCCGCGGGCUCCUGGCUCCCUGCCUCACUGGCUGUGCAUGUAUCUGUUUUGCGCAGGCACGACCAAGACGUACACCAAGGCUGAUCUGUGCGCUGCGCCGGCCACGGGCACCGGCUUCUUUGACCCGGGCAGCCUCCACACGGCCGCCAUGACCGGACUGCAGCCCUCCACCAAAUACUACUACAUCUAUGGCUCAGACGCUGACGGCUACAGCCAGGAGGCAUUCUUCGUCAGUGCACCUGCUCUUGGGGACACCAGCCUUGUCAAGGCUCAGGCAGAUGGUUCCAACGAGCCAGGCCGCGAUGAGAAGCCCUCGAUUGCCGUCACCAACGGCAUUGCCUCUGAGAUUGCCAACGGCUACACUCUCAACAUCCACAACGGGGACCUGUCAUACGCCGACGGUUUCCUGGCGGACUGGGACAACUACUAUGAGCAGAUCUCGGUCUACACCCGCUACUUGCCUUUCAUGACUGUCCCUGGCAACCACGAGCGCGACGGCGUUCUGACCGGCGAUGCUUUCAUGAACCCGGGCUCCAACGAUGCACGCGGCGAGUGCGGGGUGGUGUACGCGCGGCGGCAGUCGAUGCCGCAGCAGCCGGGGCAGGACAAGUCGGUGAUGAACAGCGCGCCGCUGGCCCUCGGAGUGCGCUCUUACUACUCCUUCGACUACGGCCCCAUCCACUUCCUGCAGUACGACAGCGAGACCCCCUACCAGCCAGGCUCCCUGCAGCGCUUGUGGAUAGAGAGUGACCUGGCGGCCGUGGACCGUAGUAAGACGCCGUGGCUGGUGGUGGGCGUGCACCGCAUGUUCUACGCGGACUCCAGCGACUACCGCUCCAACGACGACGCCGACCAGACAGUGGCCGCGCGCAUGCGCUCCUCCCUCGAAGACCUCUUCCGCGACGCCAAGGUUGAUGCAAUGUUCUUCGGGCACCAGCAUGCGUACGCGCGCACAUGCCCCACCUACAAGAAUGCAUGCCAGGCCAGCAAGGGCGAGGAGAGCACGGGCACCCUCAAUUCCCUCAAUGCCAACUCAUCCACCCUCUACUACGAGCCUUCUGCUCCCAUCUACUACCUCAUCGGCAAUGCAGGCCGCCUGCUGAGCACGGCAGACUUCCUGGAGGACCCGCAGCCGGCCAUCUUUGCCAACAUCAACCUCAAGUACGGCUACCUGCGCCUGCGCGCCAAUGCCACCGCCCUCAUCACCGAGGCUGUGGAGGCUCCAUCUGGAAUCGUCUUUGACACCGUCACUAUUGUGAAGAACAACGAGACAAGCCUGGCUGCUCCCACCAAGCAUGAGCUGGUGGCAGGCGCACUCACCAAUCUGACCAGAGAUGUCAUCAGCCAGCCGCUGCAGCUGCCGCAUGCACUUUCUGACCUCAGCUCAGCCAUCAAGGGAUGA